UGGAACCACUCUGAUAGCAACAUACAGCAGAAGUUGUUAGUUUUGCAUCCUUCUCCUAAUCUUAAAGCGGUCGUUUAAACUUUCUCCGGUAUUUUUUUUUUUAUUUGAGAAGUUUUAAGCUCGUUCAGUGUCGGAUCCAGACUGCUCGUCAACAGCUGUUUCAGCAGCAGUUCCGUAGAUUUAUGCUACGUGCUAAAUGUUAGCCGAGUGCUAAAAACUCUUUUUUUGACAGCAGCCCAUUCAAUAUACAUGUGUCCACACCAGCAAGAACUCACCGUAGAUUCAGGAAUCACUGAGAGUCAUUGCGAGCAGACAGCAUGGAGCUGCAGGCGGUGUUGAUGGCGGCCGGCGGGGGCUCGCGCAUGACCGACCUGACGUACAACACACCCAAAGCCAUGCUGCCAGUUGGCAACAGGCCACUGAUAUGGUACCCUCUAAACCUGCUGGAGAGGGUCGGCUUUGAUGAGGUGAUCGUGAUCACCACUAAGGAGGUUCAGAAGAUGAUGAGCACAGACCUCAAACUGAAGAUGGACGUGAAGAUGAAACUCGACUUCGUUUGCAUCCUGGAAGAUGAAGACUUGGGCACGGCUGACGCUCUCCGACACAUCCAGCCAAAGAUCAAGACGGACAUCCUGGUGUUGAGUUGUGAUGUGAUAACAGAUGUGGCGCUUCACGAGGUGGUUGAUCUGUUUAGGGCCCAUGAUGCAACACUGGCAAUGCUAAUGAGCAAAGCCCAUGAAUUCACAGAGACCAUUCCAGGCCAAAAGGGCAAGACGAAAACUGCUGAGCAACGAGAUUUUGUAGGCGUGGACCAGUCAGGCAAAAGGAUCUUGUUCAUGGCCAAUGAGGUGGAUUUGGAGGAUGGGCUAUCAAUUAGGAAGUCCAUCUUGACCAAACAUCCAAGGAUGUUCAUCAAAACAGGCCUGGUGGACGCUCACCUUUACUGUAUGAAAAAAGCAGUGGUGGAAUUUCUGACGGACAACAAAUCCAUUUCAUCAGUCCGUGGUGAGCUAGUGCCAUAUUUGGUGCGCAAGCAGUUUUCCAAAGCGAGGAGCAGUCCAAAACUUAAGGAUGACACUGAUGAACAGAGCCAGAACAAGAGUGACAGCUCCACAAACAAUGAGCUUCUCAUCUCAUCACGUGACGAUCCUCUCCUCCAGCUGGCCCAGGAGCGCUCCUGCUGGAAUGACCAUCACGGGGACAUGAGCGAGGCGUACCACGGGGGUAAGCUCCGCUGCUACGUACACAUCAUGGACCAGGGCCUCUGCUACCGCGUCAACACGCUCGCCGCUUACAUAGAGGCGAACCGCCUGGUUCCCAAGCUUUUGUUUGAAGAGCCAGCAGUCCACCCAUCUGCCGUCAUUUCAGACAGAUGUCAGAUGGGAUCCGACAGCAUGAUUGGGGCCCUGUGUCAGAUCGCAGAUAAAACUUCAAUAAAGAGGUCCACUAUCGGAAGCUCCACCACUGUUAAGGAGAAGGUCAGGGUGACGAACUCCAUCAUCAUGCACGGGGUUACCAUUGAAGAGGGGUGCAACAUCCAGGGCAGCGUGAUCUGCAGCAACGCCGUCAUCGGCCGAGGCUCGGACCUCAAAUACUGCCUGGUGGGAAGCGGACAGCAAAUCGAACCCGCGGCUGAAAGGACCAAUGAGGUCAUUGUUGGCACAGACCAACUGAUGGAGAUCUAAGUGGCCUCACCUGACCAUCACAACGUGGAUACCCGUGUGUGAGUGCACGACUUUGGCGUUGCACGCUGCGCAGCUGUGAAAACCAGAGAAGUCGAGCAAAAGCGGUGGGAGCGGUGACCACAAUGGAGUGGGGGUUUCGUUUAUUUGUACACAAAAAUGGUGUAUGUGUCAGUUCUGGACCACCCAGCUUGAUCCUGUAUCAGUUAACACCAACACCCCGCCCUCGCACACACUCCUCGGAAGAGGAAGCAUACUCGCAGCCGACGCCUUUCUUCUUUCUUUUUUCCUUCCCCACCACCUCAUCUUUUUGCCCCUUUGCUGUCACAAGAUUUAUCGCAUCCCUUUGGCGAAGCGUUUCUUAAAUUACAGGUUGGAAGUUCUUUAGUCAGGAAGGGAGACGACGCGGACAGAGUUGUCUGUGUGGAAGCUUUGUGUUUGCGCGUGAUUUACAACGGCCUUGCUUUCCUUUUGUGUCUGAGGCUUUGCAGGAAUAUAAAAACAACCAAGAUGAUUUUUGAUGUGUCAGUAGUGGUCGGAGUAAAGCCUUGCUGGUGAGAGAGUAGUAAAACCAUUACAUGAAGUUUGCUUUAAAAGCCCCCAUCCAAUGUCGCCGUAAAGUCACAUUGGUGGCAGUAGCCCAUCAUGUGGUUCAUCAAAACCUCGCUAACCACGAGACUCUUUUCACAAGUCUUAAUUCUGAUGAGGUCACAAAAAAUACAAAUCUUGUGCGACGCAUUAGCUGAUUGAAGCUGUUGGGAAAAUGGCGGUAACUUUUAACAUGGACUAAUCACAAAAACUUUAGGGUAACAAUUUUUAGGGUGAAAUUUUAGAUUGAACCUACAAUGCACGAUAACCUUCUCUAAACUUUUAUAAUCGUGCAGGAUAAUCGUAGACAUCCGAUUAUUGGGCUUUUGCUAACUUUAACCAUAAGUGUAUGGAUGGCUCGUUGCUGUUAAGCUCCCUGUUAGAGAAUAACAAGUUCUGCUAAAGGUACUGAAACACUGAGUAGUGGGACACGUGCAUUCAUUUUUAGAUUUAUUGAGAAAUUUCACUCGAAAGCCGUAUAUCCGUAACUUUUUGUGAGGAAGGGUAAGUUGUAUCUCUUUCAUCCGUUGUGGGCUUAUCAGAUCAACAACUGAUGAGUUUAACAUUAAGUAUUAAUUAAGAGUUAUAUGCAUACCAAUAAUCCGGAAGAAUUUUAGCAUUGGGCAUUUAAUCGACAAACCACAAAGAUGUCUUAAACCCAGUCACAGACUCAUUUUGACAUAUACUACGCAUAAAAAGUGGAACAUUUGGAUUUUGAUGGAAUAGGACCGGAGGCACGGUGGGCGACUGGUUAGAGCGUCUGCCUCACAGUUCUGAGGACCAGGGUUCAAUCUCCGGCCCCGCCUGCGUGGGUUUUCUCCGGGCACUCCGGUUUCCUCCCACAUCCCCAAAACA